UUUACCAAAUUCCUGAAAUAUCUUCAUUUGUAGGUGACAAGCGGGUAACUGAGAACCUGGGACUUUCUGCACUGCACACCCUCUUCCUACGGGAACACAACCGCCUGGUUACAGAGCUGAGGAAGUUAAAUCCUCACUGGGAUGGAGAAAAGCUUUACCAAGAAGGUCGAAAGAUUGUAGUUGCCAUAAACCAGAUAAUAACAUACAGAGAUUACCUCCCGCUCCUGCUGGCAGAGGAGACCAGCAAGUGGAUCCCCUCAUACAGUGGCUACAAGGAAAACGUGGAUCCUAGAGUCUCAAAUGUUUUUUCCCUGGCUUUUCGAUUUGGUCAUACAUCAGUCCAGCCUUUUGUGUCCCGUUUGGAUGAUUGUUUUCAGCCUUUGGGUUCCUUCUCCCAUGUCCCUCUUCAUUUGACUUUUUGUGCUCCGUGGAGGAUUAUAGCAGAAGGUGGCAUUGACCCACUGAUCCGAGGCAUGGUCAUUGAUCAUGCAAAACUGAUGAAACAGAAUCAGCUGCUUGUUGAGGAGCUCCAGAACCACCUUUUUGAACAGAUAACAAUAAUGGGCCUGGAUCUAGCAGCCCUGAACAUGCAACGGGGAAGAGACCACGGCCUCCCAGGUUACAAUGCGUGGAGACGCUUCUGUGGGCUCUCCCAGCCUCAAAAUGUAGAUGAAUUCUCUGAGGUGCUGGGCAAUUCCAAACUGGCCAAGAAAUUCAUGGAAUUGUAUGGGACACCAGGCAAUAUUGACCUCUGGAUUGGGGCAGUCGCAGAGCCCUUUGUUCCCCAAGGCAGAGUUGGACCCCUCCUGGCCUGCAUCAUAGGCACCCAGUUCAGGAACCUGCGUGAUGGGGACAGAUUCUGGUGGGAGAAACCAGGAGUUUUCACUCCACAGCAGCUGCAGGCACUGAGAAAAAUCUCACUGUCGACGGUGAUCUGUGACAAUACUCGCAUCAAAAAGAUACCUCGGGAUGUAUUCAAGGUCAACAGUUAUCCUGAGAACUUUGUUGACUGCCAUGAGAUCGACACGCUCGACCUUUCCCCCUGGAAAGAGGAGCCUGAGAGUGGCACAAAAGUGUCUCCUCCUGCUCAUCAGACCCACGUUGGAAACUCCUAA